UCAUGAAAACAAACUGAAUAGCUGUGCUCUUGGGUCUCGAUGGUGCGGAUCUGAUCCACGCAGAAUUCUAUUCUUGUCCUCCCGCGAAAACACGUCUCUCUGUCUGGUCUGGUUCGAUCAGCCUAGAACCACGUGACAUAUGUUUACAUCCUCUCAGCUGUUCCUGAAGAAAAGACAGCGGCAAUCGGCCGUCUUCGAAAAACUAUAUUUAUCUGAGCUGUCAGUGGCACGUGGUGUUGCAGCCUGGAAUCUGUGACACACAUCAUCUGCUGCCCAUCUCAGAGGGUUUCCUGAGAACAAGAAACUGUUCCCGAGGCUGUUCCGGUUGUUCUUGGACCACCAAUUUGAGAUGCCAAUCUCAAACAUCCUGUAGGAGCUAAUUCCACCUAUCUCAUCAGCUUCUCUCCAUGUGAGGCCCUUCUGCUGAAAGUUUAUUUUUUGGGGGGUGGCUGUUUUUACGUUUCUUUUCUUUUGGCGUUUUUGUCGUCAUGGGAGGAGCCGUCAGUGCCGGGGAGGACAAUGAUGACCUGAUCGACAACUUGAAGGAGGCUCAGUAUAUCCGCACAGAACAGGUUGAACAGGCCUUCCGGGCCAUUGACCGUGGCGACUACUACUUGGACAGUUACCGAGAGAAUGCCUACAAGGACCUGGCAUGGAAAAAUGGCAACCUCCACCUGUCGGCACCGUGCAUCUACUCUGAGGUGAUGGAGGCGCUGAGGCUGCGCCAGGGACUGUCCUUCCUCAACCUGGGCAGCGGCACCGGCUACCUGAGCACCAUGGUGGGCCUGAUCCUCGAUCAGUAUGCAGUGCACCACUGUGUUUGCAGGGCCAGGACAACAAACAAACAUCAAGGUCCAUUUGGAGUGAAUCAUGGUGUUGAACUACAUAAGGAUGUUGUGGAGUAUGCUAAAGAGAGGCUGGAGGACUUCAUUAAAAACAGUGAUAGCUUUGAUAAGUUUGAAUUCUGUGAGCCAAAAUUUGUGGUGGGAAACUGCUUAGAAAUCUCCUCCGACAGCCACCAAUAUGAUCGCAUUUACUGUGGAGCCGGAGUCCAAAAGGACCACGAGAACUACAUGAAAAUCAUGCUCAAAGUGGGAGGCAUCCUUGUUGUGCCAAUUGAAGAUCAGUUGACUCAGAUCACCCGGACUGGCCAGAGCUCCUGGGAGAGCAAGAACAUCCUGGCUGUGUCCUUCGCCCCGCUUGUCCAGCAGAACAGAGCCGACGGCAACAAACCAGACACAGUUCAACUCCCACCCAUCCACAUCCGAAGUCUGCAGGACCUGUCGCGUGUGUACAUCCGCCGCGCGCUGCACAGCCAGAUCGAGGAGGCCAGUCCGGCCACACAGCGCACGCCCCACAAGCGCAAGAGGCGGCGUUGCCGGCGGCGUCGCAUCAACACAUACGUGUUCGUGGGCAACCAGCUGAUCCCGCAGCGAGUGGAGAGCGAGGAGGAGGAGCGCAUCGGCGAGGAGAUCAGGGAGGAGGACGGGAGGGAGGAGGAGAAGGAGGGUAGCGAGGAGCAGCCGCUGAAGGCAGAGGAGCCGCGGGUCAACCUGCUGAGGGAGAGGAUCCUCAGCCUGCCCCUGCCUGACGCGCUCAAGGCCUACCUGCUGUACUACCGUGAGAAGUGAUCAGGGUGUACACACACACACACACACACACACACACACAGACACACACAUUUGUCUCAGCACCUCCACUUAAUACAUGCACGGGCAUACAUACAUACACACACACACACACACACUCUCAUACACACACACACACACACACACACUGAUACACAGACUAUAAAGACUCUCAGAUGGGUGGACUAAAACACACACACACACACACACACACACACACACACACACACACACACACUCACACACACACAUACGCACAUGUACUCUUCAUGCACUAAGUACCAAUCUGAUGAGCUGUUUCCCUUCAUUUCUUGGAUGAUGUAGCAUUAUUUUGUUUCGUUUUACUUUAUUUUAUUAUAUUCUAGGUUUUUCGUCUGUCUGGGAGGUAAUCAGUGAUGGAGAGGCUUUUUGUAAGAUGAUCAGUCAUUUUGACUGCUGGUUAGAGUGAUUUCUGUGCUUUGUGCUAUUGAAAGCUUUCACACUUUUUCAGACAUGUUUAAAAAGAGAUGUUUUUUCAUAUGAUUCAGAAAUGUAUAAUCAUACACAAGUUUCAGUGCAAUCUUAGAGGGAUAGUGUAGAAGCAUUUUGUAUAUAGAGGCUUUAAUCAUAGAGUGUUUUGAAUAUAAGGAACGUGUUCAGGGGGGUAGGAGUGUAUGAUUUUUGCUGAUGCCCAAGAAGUGUCUAGGACACGUGGAAUAGAUAUAUAAUAAUAAGACUGGAGAAAUGCUGCCAUACCCGAGCAGGCUAGAUGAACACCAAGAUAUCAGUGAUCAUUCACAAAAAAUGGAUUGAAACA